UGGUGGAAUUGCCUGAGGAAUCUCAGCCAAGCUCAUCUGAUUCUCAAGAGACACUCAUUCUUUCAGAGAAUCCUUCCGCUAAACGCCAGCGCCUGGACACAGAAGCUAAGCAUUUGGUGGAAUCCAUUCUUAACAACAAACCUGGUGGCGAACGGAUCAUGAAGGAAUAUAAUCGAAGCAAGUGCCUCACAGAUGAAACCAGAAGGAAAAUGGUUAACAUACUGGCAGCUGACAUGACAGAGAAGAAUGGGUAAUUUGUAAAUAGGCUUUAGUUAGCUGUGUAGAUGAAAUGAAAGAUUUUGUUAAAUCCAGUGCAUACCUUGGAUAAUAUACCUUGACCAUUUUAAUUUUGCAGGACAUCACCACCCAGAGAGGUUAAAGAAAUGUAUGCCAGAGGAAUUGUUAGCUUAUUCCCCUACCUCAGUGAUCCAUUCUCCAGGAAUGGUUAUGAGCAUUAUUAUGAUGCUGCAAGUGGUACCGGGUAUGUAGCCUGGAGGAUAAAAACUAUUCAGAGAUCCACUGCUAAAGACAGACGAUCAUCAUAUGGAGCAUCAUCCGAAGAAGCAUCUUGUGAACAUGGGCUUGGAGGACCAGCUGCUAGACGAGAGACCCAGUUUGUUCCAGAGACUAUCCUGAGUGAAGAAGAGUGUUAGGAAGCCAUCGAACUGAUUAAGCAUUCAGCCGAUGAGGACACGAUCAAGAAGAAGAUGAAGCUCACAUUUGACUUCCGGCGCAACAUGGUCCUCGACCCCCAACAGUCAAGCAACAUACUCUCUGUCUUUCCACGUUUCAAAGAUGUCAAAGGCUUGGUGGAGCAGGAUUUUGUCCUGAUGUUUGGAGAAGACGUGUCUGGCAAGUUUCUGGAGAAAUGGACGACCACCUUCAAGAGAAAGAUCAUCCAACAAUGCAGAAAGCUUCCAACCACUAGUGAUCUUGAAGAACUUCUCCUGGCAGCUGAUACUCCUGAGGAUGACACUGAAGUGGAUGAUGACAUGAGUUGGGACAGUGACCUCUCAUCGAUUUUGCUGCUGCUACACCUGAUUCCCCCCUCUGCCUUGGGUCGUAAGAGACCAGGGAAGGUGUCUGCCUCCCAAGCAGAGAAGCAUCUUGUGGUCUUCAAGAAGACAGGAACCAACAUCCAAGAACAUCUUGAUGCCAUCAUGACGAGCACACAACCCUAUCUCCUGGCUGUGGGACGGAGGAAGAAAGUAGCUCACCAGUUCUUCAUCAUCCUUGACAAAAAUGCCAUUGCUUGCAGGUCAACUUCCUCUCUUGGUGCUUUUGAUGAACUGUUUAAGGCACAUUACGUGUUUGCCACAGCAUACAACCCCAUGCUGUGCAACAUGUUUACGUUCAUCCAGACCACUGUGUACAAUAUAGAUGUAGGUAAAGUGAAAGAAAGUCCACGUGUGGCAGAAAUUCGGGCUAGGUUGCUUCACUAGUACUGGAACUAAUCUGUUUGUCAAUAAGUGUUUUAUUUGUUAGGCAGAGUUAAGUUGCACAAAUGCACUUGUUCGGUAUGUACAAGUAGUUAGUUCAUGGUUACUUAGAUGGAAAAACUCUUUGCCUUAAAUGUACUCUGUCAAGUUUGAGCC